CAUCAGUCUGUCACUCUGAACUGUACUGGGAACAAAACUCAGUGGAGAGUGAAGAGCUUUCCAGAACCAGUCAGACCAUCAUCCAGUCAGUGCUCCUGGAGGACAAUGACUGGAUCCUCAUGUACCAUCAACUUACUGCAGCAUCACAGUGGAGUGUACUGGUGUGAAUCUGGAUCAGGAGAUUUCAGCAACGCAGUCAACAUCACUGUACAGAAUAAUGAUGGUCUUAUCCUGGUGAGCCCCGUCCAUCCUGUGCCUGAGGGAGAUCCUGUUAUUCUGAGCUGCAGAGAUAAACAACAAAAGCUGCUCUCCAAGGUGUUUUUCUAUCACAAUGACAAACUGCUCCACAAUGACAACACAGAGGAGCUGAAGAUCUCUGCAGUGUCAAAGUCAGACGAAGGUUUCUACAAGUGUCAACAUUCAGGAAAGGAGUCACCACAGAGCUGGAUGGCUGUUAGAGUGUCUCUGUCCAGUCCCGUCAGCUCUUCACUUCCUCUGCUGUUCAUCGUUAGAUCAAUUAUUGGAAUCCUCGUCAUUAUUCUCCUGACCUUCUUGUUGUGCUACAGAUGGUCCAAAGAUUCAUGCUGCAUCAGAAAUGAUGCAGCCAUCCAGCCUGAAAGUCCUGAAUACAACUCUCUUCUUCUGGGGAGGCCUCGUGAUCCAGAUGAGCAGGCUGAUUACUGUGAAGGGAAAACAGAAGCAGGAACAUGGAGUGCUGCAGCAACAGAUGAGCCAGAUUACACAGAGAUUGAAUCAGGAGGAGCUCUGGAGUAACGAUGCUGCCAUGGAGGCUGAAAGCUAAGCUGGUUGAAGCUGCAGCAUAUGAAAUAAACUCAGCUACAAGACAGUAAAGAAAGCUGCAUUAAUAAACUACAAAUAUUUUAGCAAUGUACUGUAAACAACUGUAAAAUAUAAAUUAGCUGAAAAUGUUCAAAUAUAUUGCUAAAAGUUUGUAUAUUAAUGAUGUACAAGUUUAUGUUGCAUAAAAAAGAUUUUUAAACACAAUCCAUACAUUUUUAUUUCAUUGAAUAUCUCUAUAGUAUUUAAUGAUUGUUAGUAACCUUUGAAUGUAGCUUUUAAAAAAAAUAUGGGAAAAGUGUGAUAUGUGAUCGCUUGUGUACAUGGACAUUUCACAAUGUUAUUGUGUUAAAGGUUAGAUGUUAGUUUGAGACUGGGUGGGGUAAGGGUGCCCCCUAGUGGUGUGAUUAAUUAUUUUAAGAAGGCGAAUAACGUGUUUUAGUGGCUGGAGGCGACAGGUCCUUUAGUUGAUGUGCGUUACAGUUAUCAGAAGUAUUUAUUUUCAUGUGGUCACAAGAGGAUUUUGUUCAGUAUAUGAGUGUAGUUUACUUUUUUGAUAUUUAGUGAUGUUGAUAUUCAGACUGUUAUUAACUU